UCUGCCAGGAAAAUGUUUUAUAUACGUCAGUUCUAUGCGUUUUAAAGAAGAGAAACAAUAAGUUAUUUCCCGAGAGACUUUAGGACUGACACCAAUUUUUCGUCCGUGAAGGAGAAGUUUUGUAUUUUAUGAUAACAACAUCCGAUUUGUCUACUCAAAUCAAAGUUUCCCAGCAUUCUAAGCAGAAACAGGAAUCAACAUAUGUGUUCAUGGGUACUUAUAUCAUCACGCGGACAUAGCGUCGGUACUCACUGGUGUGGCCUUAACCUGUAUUUCCCUGGAGGUGGAACUGAAAGACUAUAUAGGCCAUAACAUGAUGAUCAAUCAAGCACAAGAGAAAAAAGGAAUGCGGCAGGUGGCGUAGUACCGGGAACCAGCUCAUCUGAAGAUUAUUGACUGAUUCUACGGUAAAUGGUCAAGAGGACUAUGCAGUAACUGUGUAGUUUGAUCUCUUCAUACUGUUGAACGAAGAUGUACCCAAGAAGUGUAUGUGGUUGUCAAAUCGUUAACUUCCAACGUUACAAAACGAUUUAUUCUAUCUUGCUUAUACUGCUGUGUAUGUGACUGUUAAGAAAUUACCAUCAUCAAUCCCUGAUGAACAUUAAGCUUAUAUCUCUAUAUAUUCAUUGCCAGAUUUACAUGUUGUAAUGAAAAAGAAAUGUCUAAAGAGAAAGCAUGGUAUCCUGUUGUUUCUAUAACUAAUGACAAAGGAAAAAAGACUCCUUACCUUUCUAAUAAGAGCGACGCAGGAUCUGGACAUUUUAAAGAGAAGAACCAUGAUAGACAUGAUUCAACUCUGUCUCCUAGAAUUUCUUUUAUUGGUCUACAUUCUGAAGAAGAAUCUGUAGCUGAAAUUUCCAGGAUGGAAUCUUAUGUGUCUAAGUGCAUACAACAAGAUCACCGUUAUGUGUUUGGAUCGAGGAAAAGCAAAAUCCGAGGGAUAAGUAAUGAAAACAGUGGAACAAAUAUUCAGAUGCAGGUCUUUGAUAAAAAGGCUGGUGUAGAUGUGAAUCAAGUAAACAGUCAUCGGCUAAAGAAUUCGAAGACACAGCAGUUUAUCCUAAUGAGCUCCAUGUAUGCACAGCUCCUGGUGGUGAUAUGUAUAACAUUCUUUACCUCCGAGGUUGUAACCCCCUUGGUGCCUCUAUUCUACUUCGAGGGGUUUUACCUCUUCAUGUACAGCGUUAGCUUACUCUUUCUACUCUAUAUCAAUCUCUACAUUUUACGGAAUGCUCCGGCGAGUACUCCUUCCAGUAUUGGUAGCGGAAAGAAGCCCUCUAUCAUGGAGAAUCUCCGCAGACUGGGUGAUCAUGGACAAAAGCUUGAGCCAGGAGAGACCCCUAUUCCUCCUCGAGUAAAAAAAUCCAAGACAUCUGACAAUGACCGGAGCCACGGGAGUUUGUUUCUCCGGAUUGGAGCCAUUGCUUUUGGACUUGGAACUAUGGUGUAUAACGGUCUAGAAUUUGGACAGUUCUUCGAGAUUCCCCAGACGUCCCCCUGCUACAGUAUUUUGUUGGGGAUAAACCCAGUUCUACACAUGAUUUUUACGUUUGCUCAGAUGUAUUUCAUCUUUGUAAAUGCCCGAAUGAAUAUCCACAAGUUCAAGAUGAUUGCGAGGUUUGGUCUGAUGCAUAUGGUCGCCACCAACUUAUGCAUCUGGAUCCGAACAUUAGGCAAGGAGACUCUACAUGAGGUCGCCCAAAAUCUGCUGAAGAGGGGCCAUGGAGGCCUGUUGGAGGAGUUUAUGAUGCCUUUUAGAGAACUAAACAACAGUAAUAUCAGCAACCCGUGUCAGAAAGAGGACAUAUUAGGCAAUAUUGUGGCGAGCUCUUCUCCAUUUUUGUACCCAUUUAUUGUGGAGUACAGCCUAAUUGGAGCAGCAGUAUUGUACGUCAUGUGGAAUAACGUCGGCAAGGACCCUGUCUUCCAGGGAGAGAUUCAAGAAGAAGACCGACUCUCGAGGACUUCUAGCGUCCAGUCAACUAAUCCGGUAAAUUGUUCGGGGUCCAGCAAAGGCCUUUUCUGUGGUUUACUGGUACUGGUCAUCUGUGUCAUCUGUCUCAUUGUUUUCUUUGUUCUUAUCUACCACGAUCAAUAUCGCCUUCUGGCUAUCUACCUUAGUGACUUGUCUCACUGUAGCAUCCUUCUUUUUGCCAUCAUCGGCAACAUUAUCGGUUUUUUUCGAGUGAAACCGCUUCGCUUCUCGCCUUGUCGUAAAGAUCAGUUAAGAGACAUCCUACUGCGUGUGGCAGCAUUUGGCUUAUACAUCCACUCCAUGUUCGGCAUCAUAGCGGGCUCCUUGUCUACAAUGUCAUACAUUCCCAAUAUCCUACUCCUAAUAACUAGCUGCCUUACCCUGCUCCAAGUUACCUUGCAGUCUUUGUUUAUCGCAGACAUGUCGUGUCGAGCAGCAUAUCUUCCAGAGCAGGACCAACAGAAGCCCGGCAGACAAGUUGUCACCUUUCUCAUGAUUUCUAAUCUGACUUUGUGGAUUAUAUACACUUUCCAAAUGCAAAAAGUCGAGGCGAGUCCAGUGGAGCGAGAGUUCUAUGGAGUUAUGGGCUGGGCGGUCAUCACCAGGGUUACGCUGCCUCUUAGCAUCUUUUACAGAUUCCAUUCUGCGGUUACUUUUGCAGAAAUUUGGAAGAACAGCUACAAAAACGUUUCUUCUUGAGUUGAUCGAGUGAUUCGAAAUAAAAUCGAUCACAGUUAUAAGUUAUAAUCUCUAUUAUCCAUGUUUUUAGAGAUUAUGGAACAUAUUUACGUUGUAUAGUGACUAUAUUUCGAACUAUUAAUAGAGACUAUUUUCAAUAGAUAAAAGUUUGAAAGGCAUAGUUAGAUAAAAAUACGAUGUACAAUAUAGCACUCUCAACCUAAGAUACAGCCUGCAUUGACUUAUAAACCCCACAAGCAUGCGAAAAUCAGUUUCAAAUUAUGCUAAUUUCAUGUGUUUCUUAUUUUGUUAUACCGUAAUGUGACUGAAGGUAUAGAAGCAACAUAUUUUAUCAAAUGGCGGCAAAUCUGAGGUGGAAGAUGCAGAGUAUUAUUGGUGUGUUUUCAAUGUAUUUAUUAACAAAGAACAGUUAUAUGAAUGAAGAAAUACAUUUCUAACCAACGUUUCGUUGAAAUUAUACACAAAAUUAUGCAUUUUUAUGUGUCUAAUAUUUUAAAUAUAUAUAUAUUUCAAUUCUUUUAAUAUCACUAACAGAUAAAUGUAUCAAAGUUGUCAAAGAAUUAUAUUGUAUGAAACAUCUAGUUUUUAUGUGUUAUAAUUGGAAUUGUUUUUAUAUUUUAUGUCGGCUGCCAGUUGACAAACAUGCUUAUCUGUACACUUAACAUUGCGGAUUAGUUCAACAGAUGUGCAAGAAAAUAAAGUAGGCUAACAUCUAUGAAAAUGAAAGACUUUUAAUUCAAAUUGUAAGUUAAAAUCGAACUUAUUCUCCGAUAUGUUUAAAACAGUAAAAAUGGAACUGGACUAAAGUUGUUUUUUAUUAUUUAAAUACAAUAAAGUGUCGCUAGUUUUAAAUUUACUACAUUGAUCUUAACUUCGAAUCGAAAUCCAUUAAACAGUUUCUGUUUGAAUAAAGAAACCAGUUAAUUGCAGAUAACUUUUGCACCCAUACUGCUAGUAAAUGUUUUUAAUUAUUUUACAAUUUACCUACACACAUAUAUAUAUAGAACACAGUUUUACUAGAAUUAGUCAAAAACCAAAGACUCCAAUGAUGUUUUAUAACAAGUGAACCGACAAUUUUCAUCUAUAUAUCAAGUACAAUGUGAUCAGAUGAAAAUAAAGUAAAAACAACAUCUAAGAUUUGUCUUAAUGUAGAAUGAAAAACAUUAAAUACCUUUCUAGAACACAAGUAGAUAAAGCAAAUUUUAAAGAUUCAAUGUAUAAACUCAUAUUGUUCAAGUUGUUACCUAUUGGCUAUUGCAGCUAUAAAUUAUUUAACGAAAUCAUAGAUCAAAAUAUUAAAAUGUUUUAAUGAUUCAAAAUAAGGUGAUAAAAUUUCAGUAUUAUUCAUUACUUUUUUCUACACUUAUAAGUAAAUUUACUU